GUGUUGAAGGGACACGAUGACCACGUCAUUACCUGCCUGCAGUUCUGUGGCAACCGGAUAGUCAGUGGCUCAGAUGACAACACGCUCAAAGUGUGGUCCGCUGUCACUGGGGAGUGUGUGCAGACGCUGGUUGGCCACACAGGGGGUGUGUGGUCUUCCCAGAUGCGGGACAGCAUUGUCAUCAGCGGCUCCACAGACCGGACACUCAAAGUGUGGAAUGCAGACACGGGUGAAUGCGUGCACACGCUGUACGGGCACACGUCCACAGUGCGCUGCAUGCACUUGCAUGGGAACAGGGUUGUGAGUGGCUCGCGGGAUGCCACUCUGCGCCUCUGGGACAUCGAGACGGGGCAGUGCCUGCAUGUGCUGAUGGGGCACGUGGCUGCCGUGCGCUGCGUGCAGUACGAUGGGCACAAAGUGGUGAGCGGUGCCUACGACUACACGGUGAAAGUGUGGGACCCUGAGAGCGAGAGCUGCACCCACACACUGCAGGGACACACGAACCGCGUCUACUCGUUGCAGUUUGAUGGGACACACAUCGUGAGUGGCUCUCUGGACACAUCGAUUCGAGUGUGGGACGUAGAGAGUGGAAACUGCCUGCACACCCUCAUGGGGCACCAGUCGCUCACGAGUGGCAUGGAGUUACGUGACAACAUCCUUGUGUCUGGGAAUGCUGACUCCACGGUCAAGAUCUGGGACAUCAAGACGGGCCAGUGCCUGCAGACACUGCAGGGGCCCAGCAAGCACCAGAGUGCUGUGACCUGCCUACAGUUCAGCUCCAAGUUUGUGGUGACCAGCUCAGACGAUGGUACCGUCAAGCUCUGGGACCUCAAGACGGGCGAGUUUGUGCGCAACCUGGUUGCACUGGAGAGUGGGGGCAGUGGGGGCGUAGUGUGGCGCAUCCGUGCCUCCAACACCAAGCUUGUGUGUGCGGUGGGCAGCCGCAAUGGCACGGAGGAGACCAAGCUGCUGGUGCUGGACUUCGAUGUGGACCUGAAAUGAACCUGGCCAGUCCAGGCUGGGAUGGAGGAUCCCGCGGGCUGGGCAUAGCAGCUGGUCUUGGUGGGGCUGGCCCCAGAGCAGGCGCUAGCCCCCCCGCGGGCUGUAAAUACCGUUGCAGCUGUCUGGGCCUUAUUUAUAUAUGUGUGAACUCCCUGUGGGGAGCCUGUGCCCAGCUGGGGCACUGUACAGAGGAAGCAGCAUGUUUUGUACACACUAAUAUAUCGAUUUAUUUCUGUACC